AUGUUUCAUAGUAGCAAAUCCUCGAAAGUUACUCUGCAUAAGAAACUCUUCGCACCGGUGUCGAUUACUAGUGCUUUGGGAUCUGGCUCUUCGACAGAACCUAAAGCAACGAUACCGGUUUUGUUGCCAGCGGAACCGGUAUUAGAGAUGGAAGUGCAAGAGGAAGUAGAAUUACAAACACAGGAACAGAAUAUUGUAUCUGUAUCAUCAAAUCCCGUUUCUUCAGUAACAGAAUCUGAUUCGGCUUUGCCUCCUGCUGCAAUCCCACCCCUGGUUCCCAAUACUCAUUCGACUACAGAUCUAGUAGAACUGCAGGAUACUAAAGCAGAGAACAAAUUUGUUGCAAACAGUAUCCAGGUUCCACCUCCCAGUACUCCUCGGUCUCCUCUUUAUUCUUCUUCUUCUGCUUCAUUAUCGUCACACCAAUCCUCACGCCAAUCCUCAACCCACAGACGAAACAUGUCUUCAACUUCCACCACAACUACACAGUUCGGUUCUCCACCCCCUUCAUACACACCUUUCGUUACAAAUUCUCUCCCUCCCCAGGCAUAUCCAUAUCACGUGCAGAACCAGUACGGCCACACAAACGGCUAUCGACCACCGAUGGGUAGCAUUGGAUUUCCAGUGGGUAAUCAAUUUAUAAAUGCACCUCUGAAUCAUCAACUUAUUCAUAGAACGGGCUUUGCAUCUCCGUCUCCUUCUCCGUCUCCAGGUUUGCAACUUCCUGAUCUGGUGGAUGAGGUGUUGAGAUUGAGAGAUCGGUUGAAUUUAUUGGAGGGAGGGGCUUUGACUUUACCGGAUGAGAGGGGUAGAAGUACGGGAAGGGAAAGGGAUAGAAGAGGGGAUAUUGGAAGUAUUGAGGAAAGAAAAAACAAUAAAGCGAAAGAAGUGGAAAGGGAAACUAAAGAAGCGAAAGAGAGGUGGGAAGAAAUUGAGAAAUGCGGAUUGGGGUAUGAGGAUUUUUUGGACGAGUUUUUUGGUAAUGAUUAUAGUGAUUGGAAGAUUAAAAGGUUUGAUUUUGAGGAGGAGGAGAUUGAGGGGGAUUUGCGGGUGGAAUUGGGGAGAGAAAUGGAAGUGGUGGAUGAGGUUUGUGAUGUGGAAGAGAAGAGUGGAGAUGAAUACGAAGACGAAAAAGGUGAGGAGGGGAAAGAAGAAGAGGAGGAAGAGGAGGGGACUGAGAGUGAGGAAGAUCAAGAUGAGGGAAGCGAAAGUGAAGAUGAAACUCCCGAAGAACAGAGUGCAGAAGACGAGAAAAUUCCCAAACCCGAAGACACAAUAACCCUCCUCCCAUCCGUAUUCGUAGACGAACGAAUGAAAUCUCGUUUGCAUCACUCACACUCAUCUUCAUCAUCCACAUUCUCUUCAUGUUUUCCCCGCUCUUCCGCUCCCUCAACUCCACGAUACAAUCAACAGAACUUUCAAGAAACUCGUCUAAAAUCUACACCAGUACCUCCGGAUCCUCCUCGGAGUAUACAACAACAACGAGAUCUAUCGCUUCCGGAUUACGGCUGUUAUUACUUUGUAGACGCUGGUUCUAUACGAAAUAUAAUGGUUAUAUACCCUGUUACUUCUUUGCCGCAGAGUAUGGAUGCUUUGGAAGAGGAGAAGGAGGUUAUUAGAUGUGUAUUGGAGAGAUGGAACAGAGGGAAUAUUGAUAAAUAUGGGCAUCGUCCAUCAAAAAGAGCAUACGCUGCUAUUAUCUAUUCCGAUCCACAAGCCCCUCUCCCACGCAAAAAACUACGCGUAGCACUUUCCUUCACCCCCAUAUAUCCACCCACCUCAUCUUCCAUAUCUCCCAUUUCCACAAUCCAAACUCCUACAAAUCCAGAAGACAUAACGACAGAUACGUCUAUUUACAUCAGUACUACGAAUGGAUGCACUUCCUUUUCACUGAGCAAUAAUAAUGGAGUUAUUGAUUAUACGAAGUAUAAAGUGAAAUAUAGUAAUCAGGAUGUGCAUGAGAGACACGAUGGGAUUUUGGAGGUGGGGAGGUUGAGGGGAGCAUUAGGGUGCGAAGUAUUUGGGAAGAAAGGCGAUGAGGGAGGAGACGGGAAGGGAGAAGGGAGGGGAGAGGGGAAUGGCACAGAAAACAAGAUAGGAGACGAAGAAGAGUAUUGGGAAAACGAAGUUAUAAAAGACAAGUGGAAAGAUGACAGUCACGACGUAAGAUGGGGAGACGAUAAGAAAGACUACGGGUUGGGAUUAGAGGAUGGGAAAGAGAUAGAAGGGGGUUGGAUUUGA